UGAAAAAUUAGUUUUUAAUAAUUCACUGGACUGGAAGGUAAGUGAAUACUACUCUGAGGGACAGUUAAUUUAGUCUUAACAUAUUUACAGUAUAUUUCAGGAUUUCAAAACCCUUUCUUUGGACAUUAGUUAUGUUUUUUUCACAGCUUAUUUUUUUUGUAUUAGGCCAUUUUUUUCAAAGUAUGUUUUUCUUGUUUCUUUUUUGGGGGGAUUUUUCUAAAGUGCCUCAAAACUAAAACAAUGUAUUGAAACAUAAAGGAUGACUUGUAUUUUAAAACAUUGACUGUCGAACAACCUAUUUUAUUUCUUUUUGUUUUGUAGUUUCAACUUAAGAAGAGACAAAAGAGGAUUUGUUUUGGGGGGGGGGGGUGUGUUUUUGCACCACUUUCCAGGUUUUAGCAUUUUUCGUUGUUGCUGUUGUUGCAGUGCAGUAGAGUAGGACAGAAUGAAAGAGCUCUUGUUUUGGCGCUUUUGUGUCUGUUUGGGUGAGUGGCCCCAGAAAAGGGGGAGAGGAUGAUUAGAGUUGGUGCCAGCUAGUUGGGAUAAAGAAAAUCCUCACAAUGGCUGAAUUGCAUCUGUACCCUGUAGAGGCAAAACCGCAUUGAAGGGUGAGAAAUGACUCACCCUUCAGUGCAUUUACUCUUGAAGAACCUCAGGUUAAAUUGUUCUUAAUUCUAUUAUCUUUUUUUAAUAUAUAUUUUUGAGAUAAUUUCCCAGAAAUCCCUUUUUUUACACUUUCAGUAACAAAAGCUGUAGUCUUUUAAAAUUUGAACUUUGGUUUAUUUUCUUGUAACAUACUUUAAUCUUGUGGGGUUGUAUUGUUUAAUGGAUUUUAAAGAAGCGACCUGACUAGUGGUAUUGUCUGUAGAUUUGUAACUGAUUCUCUGGGAAAAGUAAUAUUUUAGGUUGAACUUCUGUGUUUGCGCCAAGCCGUCCACAAAUCUGAGCUUCAGCUGCCUGAAACCUGAUUUAUUCCAAAUGAUUGUAAGGUUACUCUACUUCAUUCAUAGUCUUAACAGAAUGAGGAUCCUGAAGAGAGUCUCCCAGCUCUUCCUCAGAAGAGAAGGAAAGACUUUUCACAGAACUAUGUGGACCAAGGAUUUCCUCUUCAAAGUUCAUCCAUCUGUGUCUCAGGCUGUGGCACAAAACAAGCCAGUGGUUGCACUCGAGAGCACAAUUAUCACACAUGGCAUGCCCUAUCCACACAACCUGAGCACUGCAAAGGAGGUUGAGGCCAUUGUGCGAGACGAAGGAGCCACUCCUGCCACGGUCGGUGUCAUUGAAGGGGAAAUCUGUGUCGGAUUGUCGUCAGAGGAGCUUGAGCACCUCGCUCGAUCCAAAAGCCCCCUGAAGGUGUCGCGACGAGAUCUGCCUUAUGUUAUUAGCAAAGGUCUCUCUGGGGGAACAACGGUCUCAGCCACAAUGAUAGCAGCACACAGAGCUGGGAUCCCUGUUUUUGUCACAGGAGGCAUCGGAGGAGUUCACAGAAAUGGACAGAACAGUUUGGACAUCAGUGCAGACCUAACAGAGCUUGGCAGAACUCCCAUCGCUGUCGUCUCUGCUGGAGUCAAGUCUAUCCUAGAUAUUGGUCGUACCCUGGAGUUUCUUGAGACACAAGGUGUGUGUGUUGCAACUUAUGGAGCAUCUAAGAAUUUCCCAGCAUUCUUCACUCCAAAUAGUGGAUUCACCUCAUCCUGCAAUGUCCACAACCCUAGCGAGGCUGCAGAACUCAUUGCAAGUGCUUUGUCUCUGGGUCUUCAAAGUGGUGUCUUGCUAGCAGUCCCCAUCCCAGAGGAGCAUGCAGCAGUAGGCCAUCUGAUACAGGAAACUAUACAAACUGCAGUGACAGCAGUCAGUUCUGAAGGUAUUAUAGGCAGAGACGUAACACCUUUUAUUCUUCAAAAGGUCAACGACUUGACUCAAGGAAAGUCCCUCCAGGCCAACAUUGCUCUCAUUUAUAACAAUGCUAAAGUUGGCAGUCAGAUAGCCUGUGCACUGUCAAAGUGGAUGAGUGAAAAAAGAUCAAAAAGUCAAGCACAGCAUCCUGGAAAACCCCCAAAAGACUCAGAUGUUGUUGUCAUAGGAGGAAUAAAUGUAGAUUUCAUCGCCAAGGGGAAAACAAAAACACUUCAUUUUGGACAGACCAACCCAGGAAGCGUCUGUCAGUCGUUUGGCGGCGUGGGGCGGAACAUCGCUGAUUCUUUGAGUAGGUUAGACAACAAGCCUCUGUUCAUCUCAGCCACAGGAGCUGAUGCAAACAGUGAUGCAGUCUUUAACUACUGCAAACAUAUGAACACAAGUGGCGUGGCCAGGCUGGAGAAGCAGAACACAGCAACAUACUGUGCUGUUAUCAACGAAAAUGGAGAACUGAGUCUUGGCUUGGGAGACAUGGACAUUCAUCAGCAAAUUACUGAACACUAUGUUUCGCAGUUUGAAAAACAGAUCUCAUCCGCCACACUUGUGUGUCUUGAUGGAAACAUCCCCGUCCCCACCAUCAACUAUGUCUGCUCUCUGACUGAGAAGUACAACUUAAACAUUUGGUAUGAACCAACAGAUGCAGAAAAAGCUUGUAAACCGUUCCUCUCAGAUGCUUGGAAGUCUUUGUCCUAUUCGUCUCCAAACCUUGCAGAGUUGUGCAUGAUCAAUAAAACUUUGGGUCUCAUGGUUCCUAAAGCUAAGGUUGGGGUUGAUCUCGUGCCAGUGCUGCCACGCUCUCUUGAUGAGACCCUGAUGGUUGCUGUGGCUCUCUCACGCCCUCUUCUGGAGAAUCUUCACUGUCUGGUGGUGACUCUUGGGCCUGACGGUGUGCUGCUGUGUGGCGAACACAAUGCAGGCUCAGUUAAUUUGCAACCAAGGAAACAAAAAAUAAAGAGGCAGCUUUGUGCGCUACACUACCCAGCAUUGACUGUGACCCCAGAAGAGACAAUGAAUGUGUCAGGAGCAGGAGACAGUUUUGCAGGUGCCUUAAUGGCAGGGAUUCUUCAUGGAAGAGACACAGACUGUUGCGUUCGGAUGGGUCUGCUGGCCGCGAGGAUGUCCCUGGCAUCACCACAUCCCAUCUCACCCAUUCUCACCUUAGAUUCUGUGGAUCCCAACAAAGUCCAGGCACAAAAGUGGCCCACACCACGCUUUAUUUGGGUAGACUAAGAUUUAAAUUUCAGAGUUUUAAUUGUUCAUUUUUAAUAUAUAAACACUGUUUUUGUCAGGAAACCGAUAUAAAUUGUGACUGCAGAAUCUAAUGUGGUUCCCUGUUUCUCAAGCUUUUCAUCCAGAUGUGUCUGUUACUUUGUUAUUGUUCUGUAAUAAAAUACUUGAAGCGUU